CGACAUUUGAAAAUCCGAGUUGGCAACCCUGCUGUAGGUGUCUCUCAGUUGAUCGGUUACAGUAGUCAUAUGAUCGGACAAAACCUCCCCAGCUAUGGCUUCAUACAGUCAAGAGGAUGACGAACAUUACCGCGGGGAAUUUGGAACUGGCUAUGUGGUGGGAUCCUUCCCCAAAGAUUUUGUGUAUGGACCAGAUGACCCUGACCAAGAUUUGACUCCUAUUUUUGCACCAGAUCAAAAGCCCAAAAUCUUGCUCAUGGGCCUUAGGAGGAGUGGAAAAUCUUCAAUUCAGAAGGUUGUGUUUCACAAAAUGACACCAAAUGAAACUCUCUUCUUGGAGUCAACAAACAAGAUUGAAUCUGAAAAUAUCUCAAAUUCCUCCUUUGUUCAGUUCAAGAUUCUUGAUUUUCCUGGACAAAUUGAUUUCUUUGAGCCAUCAUUUGAUUCUGAGAAGAUUUUUGGAGGACAUGGAGCACUUGUAUUUGUCAUAGAUGCACAGGAUGAUUACAUGGAGGCAUUAAACCGAUUGCACCAGACUGUGUUAAGAGCACACAAGGUCAACCCACACUUGAGAUUUGAAGUAUUCAUUCACAAAGUUGAUGGUCUCUCAGAUGACACGAAGAUUGAGACCCAAAGAGAUAUUCAUCAAAGAGCAAAUGAUGAACUUAUAGAUGCAGGCAUGGAACAGAUUCACCUGAGCUUCUACCUUACAUCCAUCUAUGACCACAGUAUAUUUGAAGCCUUCAGUAAGGUUGUUCAGAAGCUUAUACCACAGCUUCCAACGCUUGAGAAUCUCCUUAACAUAUUUAUAUCUAAUUCUGGCAUAGAGAAAGCAUUCUUAUUUGAUGUACUCUCCAAGAUUUACAUUGCUACAGAUUCCUCGCCAGUAGAUAUGCAAAGUUACGAGCUUUGUUGUGAAAUGAUCGAUGUUGUGAUAGAUAUAUCUGACAUCUAUGGAAAGGAUGAAGGUAUGCAAGUACCCUUUGAUAAAGAAAGUUCAAGCAUCAUUAAGCUGAAUAAUGCAACUAUACUCUACUUAAGGGAAGUUGGUCGGUAUCUAGCACUAGUCUGCAUAUUGAGAGAAGACAAUUUUGACAGACAAGGGUUAAUAGACUACAACUUCCUGUGUUUCCGUAAUGCAAUCCAAGAGGUGUUCGAUGUACGGACAAAUCAACUUCAACUUCAACAGCUGACCAACAUCACUUCUUCUCCACACCUUCAGAACAGCCACACCAAUGGUCCUACCUCCUAGUACAUCUUUAAUAAUUGUAACUUGCUGUCAUUUCUGCUCAUUUUCACUCAUGGGUGCAUGAGAUGAACUAAUAGCAUUUUCUUUUGCAUCACUGAUUUGAAAUUGAUUUGUGGACAGUCACAUGAAUGUUUGAGCAUAGUAACUCUGCAGUGAUAUAAUUGAUGAGUGACAUACAGAAGUAAAACACAUUUUUUGGUCAAAGUUCAAGAAUAAGAAUAAUUGAAUAACUACAAAUAAAUUAAAUGUGUGGGUGUGUGUGUGUGUACUCCUGUUUCUAGUUGACCAGCUUUAAGUGAGAAAAUGCUUGAAAGAGUAAAAAAAUAUAUAUGGAUGGAAUUUCCAAUUGAGGGAAAUGGAGACAGGUAGUGAUAGAACUCAGAAUAUUUUUGCUCAUCUUCAAAAUAAUCAGAUGUUUCAGGUACGAUAUAUAUACCUUAUCCAUCAUUACUUGAUAAAGAUUUCUAAAAGAUAUCUUUCCAGUGUACUGCUACAUGUAAAUUUGUGUACCAUAGAUGAACACAAGGCUUUUAGAGAUUUAGUUUUUAACUUGAUAAAUAAUUCUAAAAAUGUUGAAGUAAAUAUUAACUUUAAAUCACCUGUAGAAUAGUUGUUUACAAUGAAUAGCACAAAUUUCCUCUUGAUAAUAUAAUUUAUGUAUCCACAGAGUGGUGUGCACUUGAUUGGUUGCUUUCACUUUCCCAAAAUCAGGAACCCAUGUCCAAUUCACAGCUGGGUUUCUUGGAGUGCUUCAGGCAUGAACCUGUUACCUUUAAGGUGAGUCCAUAUGUGCAUACAUUUUGUUGCCAACAUAUGAUCAACAAGACGAAAUGAGGCACAGGGUUCCGACUGGUAUGGUGUGGCCACUUGCACUAGAUCGGUGUUUCAACGUGUUGAUCACAUGUUGGGGACAAAUUGUACACACAUGUGGAUGCACCUUUAGGAUGGCAGGCAAAAUGCUGUAUUCUCUUGGGUCUGCACCCCUUUUGACAAAAAAAUAUUAUAAAUAUCUAAAUGUAAAAAAAAAUCCCUGGAAACUAUUCUUUCCAAUAUUUAUCAAACUCUAAUUCAUGUGUAACAUCAUAAUUUUAGAUAUUUUGAGUAUUCUGUCAGUCAAUAAGGAUACCAGAAUAGCUUUAGUGUUUAGUGGGAAAAACAUAAAGUCAGACCUGGUGACUUGACAGUGUAUAUUGCUUUUCUGUGAACUGAAGCUAGAAAGCUAUUAUCUUUUGUGAAUGUCAGUACAGUAUCUAUAAACAAUACAUAUGGUGCCAAAUACAUUAUUUAUUUGAAGUUGCCAUUUUUAGAGGGUGUGGAGACUUAAUAGAGACAACUCUCACUUUGUCCUAAAGGUUGCCACAAUUCACCCACCUUACAUCUCAGCUGGGAAGUGAAGGCAGUUGAGUGCUUCCUUGAAUACCAAAGGCUUAGUAUGCAUUGUGUCAUAUCCACAUCAUCUCUUAAUGGGCUGACUUGCCUAUGUGGCCUAUUUUCAUUUUCACGACAAGCUGUGCUCUCAAAAGAAAAUUCAGUUGAUUGCAAUCACCUCUGCAGUUAAGGUUGGUGAUAUAAAGGUUCCUUUAUAUCCAUAAUUGGUAUAUAAAUUUACAUAUAGCAGUUAUGAGGUUGUUCACAUAUUGGAAUGAUUCUUAGAGCCUUUUUUAUUCUCAUAGCUAUAUAUUAUGGGAGAUCCUCUAGGACAGGUAACUAUUUGAGUAAACCAAUGGAGAGUAUAAAUAUAUUUUAGAAAAAGUUCAUGAUAAAAUUAUGGCUAAAGCUAUACAGAGCGACGUGUGGUGGGGGUUCCCCAGAUUGUGAACACAGUUAUUUGAGGCCAUGAGGAAUGGAGGUUAAUUUCAAUUGUUCUAGGGACUUUCGAUUAAAUUUCUGAACUUC